AUGGUAGGAAUUAAGCCGAGUUCAUUCACACGGUUGAAGUGCGACAAGAAGGCGAUGGAGACGACUCCUGUCCAUGGCCAUGCCGAUUGGGUCGAGUCGUGGAGGAACCCCCCCCGUGCCUACCACACCUUUGUCUUCACUCUCGGCGACUUCCUCCACCAAACAUCUCGCCGCCGGGCGAUCUCGACCGUUCUCUUACGCGCCGGCGUCUAUGGUUAUGACAUCUGCUUCGCCGGACGGAUGGAGAGACAACUCGUUGCCUUCUGCAAUGAUCUAGUCGAGACGGCUUUCAACUCUGGCAACGGGAUCGAGAUGAUCGUGGAUGUACAUUUGGCCCACUUCCCGAGCGAUGAGGAAACUUCUUCGGACGUCGAAGGCGUCGGCGAGGACGGGGAUUUCGGUGGCAUCCCGGCGUCGACGGACGCGGUGAAGGAGCUGGCGGUGGUGAAGUACGAGCGUGGAGGAGAUGUCAGAGAGGAGAGUUGCAUCAUCUGCUUCGAGGAGUUCGACGAGGGCGUGGAGGUGACGCGGAUGCCAUGCAAGCACGCCUUCCAUGGCGGCUGUCUCACUCGAUGGUUGGAGAGCAGCCACGUGUGUCCUCUCUGCCGACACGCCAUACCUGCUUCUGCUGAUCCCUGA